AUGUCCACUCACACGGGAAUGGGUGCGUGCUGCCUCUCUGGGGUUGUGCACGAAGGUACCCCCAAAGGCCGUGAAGACACCAUCGGCGGCCUGCCCACCUACAUCGCGGAGCCCAGCGACAAGUCCACCUCCAAAACCGUGGUCUUCCUCACCGACAUCUUUGGCUGGAAAUUCAAGAAUGUCCGACUCCUCGCAGACCAAUAUGCCAAAGCCGGAUUCUAUACCUAUGUCCCUGAUGUGUUGGAAGGAGAUUCCCUAGACAUCGAAUUUCUCCAAAGCAUCGAGCCACCUUUGAAGCAGAAAGAGCAGGAAGGGCUGCUCGCCAAAGCGAAGGAGACGGUAGACGUGAUGGCCACACUUGGGCCGUGGUUGGCCAAACAUCGGGAAGCCGUUGCGGAGCCCAUCAUCAGUGGGUUUAUCAACCAUGUUAGAACAAUACCGGGGACGAAUAAGAUCGGGACGAUCGGUUUCUGCUGGGGCGGCCGCUACUCCAUCCUCCAAGCCCAUGGUCGCAAAGAAGGCCAGAUUGGCGGUGUCGAUGCCGCAUACGCCUGCCACCCAUCCCUCCUUUCCAUCCCUGCGGACAUCGUCCCCGUCUCAAAACCUACUAGUGUUGCCGUUGGUGAAAAGGAUAGCUUGCUGGAUAUAAAAUCCGUAGAUCAGCUCAGAGAAGCGCUUGAAAAGACCGGUGUUCCCACAGAAGUGAAGGUCUAUAAGAACCAAGUGCAUGGAUUUGCCUUGAGAAGCGACUGGAGCAGUGAUGAGGACAAGAAGGCAAUGGAUGAUGCGGCGCAGCAGGGGAUUGACUGGUUCAAUAAGUAUUUGUCCUGA